GCUUAACAGCAUAUCAAACUAAAAAGCGUCAUACAAUUUACACAGGACGAAAUAAUUUCAAUACUAUAAAAUGCUUACAAAAGCCUUUUAAUAGUAUAUCACACCUGCCCACAUCUCAGCGAGCCUCGUCGACCGAUGGAACACGCCUUGCUGCCACUGUUCAUAUGGAUGUUGCAGCUGCAGACAAAGCUGAUCCAACAUUGAAGUGCACAAUUGAACUGAGCACCGACAUCCCCAACGCCCAGCGUGGCUGCAAUCGACCAUGGCGCAAACAAACCAACGAGGCGACAAACAGCUCAACGUGCUGGCCCAGCCCUGGUUCCCCAGCAUGACCAUGGCGCGCCAACGCGUCACGGUCUACGACCUCUACGGCCUGCUGGGCGUGUCGCCCAACGUCGACGAGGACGGGCUUCGUGCUGCAUAUGACGCCAUCACCGAGAAGCACCAGCAAGUCCCCAGCGACGUGAUCAACGCCGCCUACUCGGUCCUCACCAACCCCUUCAAGCGCGCCCAGUACGACCGCGACCGCCUGGAGUACCUGUACAAGCAGUUCAGCAGCCACGAGGCCUUCCCCCCCACGACCAGCGUCCCAACCGCCAACAUCAAGGGCCGCGACGACCAGAUCCAGGUCUACGCGUCGACGCUGGCCGAGCGCGUCAGGGACCCCGCCGAGGACAAGAGGCGCGCCAUCAGCCGCCGCAUCGAGGCCGUCCGCGCCGAGCUCGACGAGUUCAACGAGCGGUCGGGCCGCCAGCGCCAGGACUGGGCCACCAGCGCCAACCGCGUGCUGCGCAUGGCGGGCAACGCCCUGUGCGAGGUGGUCGUGUGCGCCGAGGAGGACCUGCGCAUGCUCGAGGACGAGCUGGGCCGCGCCGACGGCAGGCUGCCGCCGCGCGACGGGCCCGACGGCCCCAGCGGGCGCGUCACCAGCGCCGGGUGCUACGGCAGCGACAUCAUGGCCAUGCCCACGGGGACCAUGGCCGCCGCCGCCCCCCACCCGCAGCCGCGCGUGCUCGCGGGCCAGGACCACGAGGCCACCCGCAUCCCGCGCAGCCCCACCGUGCGCUUCCUGCCCCGGUCCGCCAGCAAGCUGGGCAUCGGCGUCGACGGCGCCGCGGCCGCCGAGUACACGCCGUCCAGCGAGGGCAGCCAGGCGGCGCGCGAGGCGCAGGCCAACACCCGCGUCGCCGACUUCCUCCUGCUCGACAAGGGGCCGCCAGACCGCCGCCGCUGGCCCAGCGCCGCGAGCCUCACCGUCAAGGACGCCGCACAGCCCCUCGGCCCGACGCUGAUCGAGACGCUGAGACACCCCGAGGGCCUCAACCUCGAGCGCGUCGGCGUGGACCACCCGGACAACGCCAGCAGGCAGCCGCGUGCCGGCGGGGCGAUGGGCCUCGUCGCGUGGCAGCGCAUCAACAACAACAACAACAACAACAACAAGCCGAGCACCCCAGAGCUGGAGCAGGCGCAGCAGAGCCCCGUCUCCCCGCCCGGGACCAACAGGCGCAGCAACAGCCACCCCGUCCCGACCGCGACGGCCACCGACCUCUCGGCCUACAACAGGCCCUACGACCCGGCCCGCAACCGCACGCGCUCCGCCGACGACCCGCCGACGAGCCAGCCCCGGGGGUACGAGGUUUCCACGAGGCGCCCCGACCACGAGGAGCGGAUGGGCGACACGAGGGUGCCUCAGUACUGGCCCGCCUGGCGCCACAGCAUGGGCGCCACUGCCGCGGCGGCGGGCGGCGGGCUGGUCGCCAGGGCGCGUGCUGCUGCUCUUGCGGGGGCGCCUGGGGGGCGGGCUGGGCGGUGGGUUGUUGGCGGUGAGGGGCUUACGAACCAUGGUGGUGACCGUCGAGGUGAUGGUGGGAAGGGGGGGCGUGCUGAGGAUCCUUUUGCCUGA